AUGUGCCUCCGAAUUUACCGACACUACACAGGCUGCGGCUGCCUCCUUGCAACCAGAGCCUCCCUCCGCGAGUGCCACCACGGCCCGACCUCACCCCUCUGCGGCCCACAUCACACUAUCGGCAUCGUCACCCGCAAGGACGAGGAGUGUCGCUACCACGCCCGCCUUACCAAGCAGCAGCGACAUGCGCCCGAACAGUCCCGCAAGCCGCGCUUUCGCAUACCCUCUGGCCCGGGUGUCACACACAAGGAGAUCGCGGCGGCGAAACUGGAGCAUCUCCGCGGUCUCCACAUGCAGGAGCGUCUCGACCGCUUCAAGGCCAAGGGACUCCAGGGCUCGUACCGAGGUGACCCCGCGCCGAAACCUAGAGGUGGCGCUGUGGUCUUUUCGAGGCAGUUCGAUGGAACGGAGAUUAUGGGAAACCACCCCUAUGAGAUGACGGACUUCGGGGAGGGUGACGUGGCUCAGCAGAAGACACGGUGCCGCCUUCGUGACGAGUUUCUCACCAUAAUCCAGAAGGAGGGGCUCUUUGACCCGAGCGACCGGUUCCUGAGCUCCGCGUGGGAUGACGACGACGAUGUCUCUGCUGAGAGCAACGAGGCGGAUCCCCAUGCCAUGGAGACGACUUCCUACAGCGAGGGAGCGGAGUCUAUGGAGCCUUCAGAGGUGAUGGAAGGAGGAAACGACGCGAUGACUGCGGAGGACAACGCGAUGGACGUUAACGAGACGGACGUUGCCCCCGAUGGCGAGGGCGAGGAAGACUCCUCGUAG